AUGCUGAAGAAUUUUCCAAUAACUUAUAAAUGUGAUGUUUACAGCUAUGGAAUGCUGUUGUUUGAGAUAGUUGGAAGGAGGAAGAAUGUCAUACGCAGUCCUACUGAGAGCCUAGAUUGGUUCCCAAAACAUGUUUGGGAUCACUAUGAGAAAGGUGAGUUGGCAAAAAUGACCAUGUCGUGUGGGAUUGAAGAAAAGGAUAGAGAGAAGGCAGAGAGAAUGUCCAUGAUCGCUUUGUGGUGUGUCCAAGACUCGCCGGAGGCUAGGCCACCGAUGAGUGCUGUGGUGAGGAUGUUGGAGGCAGGAGUGGACAUUGCUCCACCUCCUAGACCAUUCCACUAUCUGUUUUCAGUAGGCAUGAAUGUGCUCAAACCAUUCAGCAGCACUGACAAUAAUAGUUCAAAUGAUUCAAGAAGGGAUGAGGGAUCUCAUUCGUAUUGGUACAAGGACUCCACCCCACUAACGACCAAGUUUAUUCCUUCCAACACAGCAAUAGAUGCAAUUCAUUCUAGUGGCACAGACCUACAUUCCAGUUGCAUCUGUGGCCGCUUCUGUGGCACAGAUUGCUAUUCCACAAUCAACGCCUAUGCCAGUCACUUAGCAAGUCCAGAACUCCCCACCUAUGGAGUUUCUAUAGCAGACUUGGCAUGA